AUGGUCACCAUGUGUAGAAAUAUUUCCAAAAUUGGAGAAGAAGAGACAUGUGGCAUUGGAUCAUUAGAUGGUAUAUCAUCAAUCAUGAAGAUAACUGAAAUGGUUGAGGAUACUACCUUUGAAAUGGCAAACAAGCUCAAAGUAGACGAGCUUCGGGCCGAGCUCGCAAAACGUGGACUCAGUAACACCGGAACCAAGCCUUCUCUGGUACGGAGACUGGAGUCGGCACUCAAGCAAGAAAACAAGCAGUCAGCAGCAGGCUUGAUCGAUGUUGGAUGUAGUAACAAGACAAGAGAAAGGGAGUCUGAAGAUGGAGGAGAAGAUUCUAAUAAUGGACCAGAGAAAAUCAAGGGUACUGACAAGUUUCGGGACAUGAAUGUCAAGCAAUUACGAGAGCAGGCCAGGCUUCUGGGAGUUUCCACUGCCGGAACCAAGAAUAAAUUACUUGACAGGCUCUGUAACGCUGAACCAGACAAUUACCAUUCACUUCAACCAAUAGAAGAAGAAGAGCAAGAACAAGGUGAAAAGGAAAAGGAGAAAAUUGUAACUGCAACGAGAAAGGGCGCAGCGGUGCUAGAUCAGUACCUUUCUGAUCAGAUAAAGUCAGAGUAUCAUGUUUUGCAAAUAGGUGAUGAUGUUUAUGAUGCAAUGCUGAAUCAAACAAAUGUUGGGGACAACAAUAACAAGUUCUAUGUGAUUCAACUUCUAGGCAAGCUUUCACUUCUGCCCAUGUGGCUGUUUAAAUUGCCAUACCUUAAUUUUUCGAGGAACAUUAGAUUUGCUAUAACUGACAAUCCUCCCAAAUUAGCUCUCACGAUUUGCGCUGGUUUUGCUAAUAUCUACUCCUUUUUCCCUUUUCUUUUCAAUGAAAAUCUGUUCCCAGAAUCUGAUGAUGGUGGUAGAUUUAUGGUCUAUAAUAGAUGGGGUAGGGUCGGGGUGAAGGGUCAAGAUAAGCUAUUUGGUCCCUACACGUCAAGAGAUCUUGCUAUUUCUGAGUUUGAACAGAAGUUCUACGCCAAGACGAAGAACUGUUGGUCUGAGCGAAAGGAGUUAAAAUGUUACCCAAAGUGCUACACUUGGUUGGAAAUGGACUACAGUGAUCAGGAAAAAGAACCUGCAGCUGUUAAAGAAAAGCCCAACUCUGAUAUAGCAAUUCAACCUCGGGAGACGCAACUUGAUUCACGUGUUGCCAAAUUUGUCUCUCUUAUAUGCAAUGCUAGUGUGAUGAAGCACCAAAUGAUGGAAAUAGGUGGGUUAUUCUACCUUUCAAUAAAUCCAAAAGGUUAUGAUGUUCUGAAGAGGAUUUCUGAUGUAAUUGGGACAGCAGAUAGAGUAAAACUCGAACAACUAAGUGGAGAAUUUUACACUGUCAUUCCUCAUGAUUUUGGAUGUAAAAAAAUGCGAGAGUUUGUCAUCGAUACUCCUCAGAAGUUAAAAUGCAAGCUGGAAAUGGUAGGAUCGCUAAGCGAGAUUGAAGUUGCAACAAAGUUGUUGGAGGAUGAACCUAGAAUGCAGGAAGAUCCCUUGUAUUCUCAUUACAACCGGCUACAUUGUGAAUUGACUCCAGUUGAAGUUGAUUCUAAGGAAUUUUCCAUGUUCUCUAAUACAGAAAAUAGAAUGCUUUUAUGGCACGGCUCACGCCUCACAAACUGGAUUGGCAUUCUAUCCCAAGGCUUGCGUAUUGCUCCCCCUGAAGCACCAGUAACAGGUUGCAUGUUUGGAAAGGGAGUUUACUUUGCUGAUAUGUUCUCCAAUAGUGCCAAUUAUUGCUAUGCAACUAGUGCUGCUCCUGCUGGUGUGCUGCUUCUGUGUGAGGUUGCUCUUGGAGACAUGGCUGAGCUAUUACAGGCAAAAUAUGAUGCUGAUAAGUUGCCAUCGGGGAAGCUAAGCACGAAAGGAGUUGGUGGAACUGCUCCGGAUAUUUCAGAUGCUAAGGUACUGGAUGAUGGUGUUGUUGUUCCCCUUGGGAAACCCAAACAGCAACGAGGCUCAAAGGGUUCUUUGUUGUACAAUGAGUACAUAGUCUACAAUGUGGAUCAGAUUAGGAUGCGAUAUGUGGUCCAAAGAGUUAUUUCAACGGUGUGGCUAAACUCUAAUCAGCUAGAGACAAGUGCUGACGGGGGAGCCGAGGAGGAGAAGGAAGAAGAAGAAAAAGAGUUCCUCAAAAGAUCAACAUCCAAUGUGCUUAACACGACCGUCGUCUCCUCCACUACCUUUGAAAUGGCAAACAAGCUCAAAGUUGACGAGCUUCGGGCCGAGCUCGCAAAACGUGGACUCAGUAACACCGGAACCAAGCCUUAUCUGGUACGGAGACUGGAGUCGGCACUCAAGCAAGAAAACAAGCAGUCAGCAGCAGGCUUGAUCGAUGUUGGAGGCGGUAACAAGAAAAGAGAAAGGGAGUCUGAAGAUGGAGGAGAAGAUUCUAAUAAUGGACCAGAGAAAAUCAAGGCUACUGACAAGUUUCGGGACAUGAAUGUCAAGCAAUUACGAGAACAGGCCAGGCUUCUGGGAGUUUCCACUGCCGGAACCAAGAAUAAAUUACUUGACAGGCUCUGUAACGCUGAACCAGACAAUCACCAUUCACUUCAACCAAUAGAAGAAGAAGAGCAAGAACAAGGUGAAAAGGAAAAGGAGAAAAUUGUAACUGCAACGAGAAAGGGCUCAGCGGUGCUAGAUCAGUACCUUUCUGAUCAGAUGAAGUCAGAGUAUCAUGUUUUGCAAAUAGGUGAUGAUGUUUAUGAUGCAAUGCUGAAUCAAACAAAUGUUGGGGACAACAAUAACAAGUUCUAUGUGAUUCAACUUCUAGGCAAGCUUUCACUUCUGCCCAUGUGGCUGUUUAAAUUGCCAUACCUUAAUUUUUCGAGGAACAUUAGAUUUGCUAUAACUGACAAUCCUCCCAAAUUAGCUCUCGUGUUCUACUUAAAAUCUGAUGAUGGUGGCAGAUUUAUGGUCUAUAAUAGAUGGGGUAGGGUUGGGGUGAAGGGUCAAGAUAAGCUAUUUGGUCCCUACACUUCACGAGAUCCUGCUGUUUCUGAGUUUGAACAGAAGUUCUACGCCAAGACAAAGAACUGUUGGUCUGAGCGAAAGGAGUUCAAAUGUUACCCGAAGUGCUACGCUUGGUUGGAAAUGGACUACAGUGAUCAGGAAAAAGAACCUGCAGCUGUUAAAGAAAAGCCCAACUCUGCUAUAGCAAUUCAACCUCGGGAGACGCAACUUGAGUCACGUGUUGCCAAAUUUGUCUCUCUUAUAUGCAAUGUUAGUAUGAUGAAGCAGCAAAUGAUGGAAAUAGGAUACAAUGCUAAUAAAUUGCCACUUGGUAAGCUAAGCAAGUUAACUAUAUUAAAGGGUUAUGAUGUUCUGAAGAGGAUUUCUGAUGUAAUUGGGACAGCAGAUAGAUUAAAACUUGAACAACUAAGUGGAGAAUUUUACACUGUCAUUCCUCAUGAUUUUGGAUUUAAAAAAAUGAGAGAGUUUGUUAUUGAUACUCCUCAGAAGUUAAAAUGCAAGCUGGAAAUGGUAGAAUCGCUAAGUGAGAUUGAAGUUGCAACAAAGUUGUUGGAGGAUGAACCUGGAAUGCAGGAAGAUCCCUUGUAUUCUCAUUACAACCGGCUACAUUGUGAAUUGACUCCAGUUGAAGUUGAUUCUAAGGAAUUUUACAUGAAUACACAUGCAAAAACACAUUCUCAGUACACUGUUAAUAUCGCUCAAAUAUUCAGGGUCUCGAGAGAUGGUGAAAAUGAACGCUUCAAAAAGAAAAUAGAAUGCUUUUAUGGCACGGCUCGCGCCUCACAAACUGGAUUGGCAUUCUAUCCCAAGGUCAUCCUUUCGUGCUUUUGCUUGCGUAUUGCUCCCCCUGAAGCACCAGUAACUGGUUACAUGUUUGGAAAGGGAGUUUACUUUGCUGAUAUGUUCUCCAAAAGUGCCAAUUAUUGCUAUGCAACUAGUGCUGCUCCUGCUGGUGUGCUGCUUCUGUGUGAGAAAGCCACCUUAGAAUGUGAUCGGAUUAAAAAACAACUUCUAGUGGCUAGAUCAGAUCAGAUGUAUACAGAUGUUGUAGAACAGACUAUUCUUGCUCAACAUGUAGACAUUUCUCAACCAGUGGUUGCUCUUGGAGACAUGGCUGAGCUAUUACAGGCAAAAUAUGAUGCUGAUAAGUUGCCAUCGGGGAAGCUAAGCACGAAAGGAGUUGGUGGAACUGCUCCGGAUAUUUCAGAUGCUAAGGUACUGGAGGAUGGUGUUGUUGUUCCCCUUGGGAAACCCAAACAGCAACGAGGCUCAAAGGGUUCUUUGUUGUACAAUGAGUACAUAGUCUACAAUGUGGAUCAGAUUAGGAUGCGAUAUGUGGUCCAAGUGAAUUUUAAAUACAAGCAUUGA